CUUUUUAGUAGUGCCAACUUUUGCAUUUUCUCCUUUCAUCCCAAAGCUCGUCCAUGGCUUCUUUUUCGCAAGACCUUCAACAAUCCCAAGAAACCUACAAAUCAGAUAACCUCCGUCUGGUUCUCGUCCAUCGUCUUCCCCACUUCAAGCUCUUUUUCAGGUUACUCGAGACCCGUUUCCUCCUAUUCGACCCGAACGACUCCGACCCUUCGUCACCCUUACCUGCCCAAGCCCGGGUCUUGCUCUCCGUGGGUCCCACACCCGUGAACUCCGAUACACUCGAUCGGUACCCGUCUGUGGAGUGCGUCGUGGGCUCCAGCGCCGGCGUCGACCACAUAGACGUCGCCGAGUGCCGCCGCCGCGGUGUCAGAGUCACCAACGCCGGCGACGCCUUCUCCGAGGACGUAGCCGACUGCGCCGUCGCACUACUCAUCGGCGUUCUCCGCCGGAUCUCCGCUGCGGACCGGUACGUUCGGGCCGGGUUGUGGCAUCUGAAAGGAGAGUAUCCUCUUGGUUCUAAGGUAGGGAGUAAAAGAAUUGGGAUAGUGGGGCUGGGAAGUAUUGGCUCUAUGAUUGCUAAAAGGAUGGAGGCUUUUGGCUGCAGUAUUGCGUACAACUCGAGGAAGAAGAAGUCGCAUGCUCCAUUUCCUUAUUAUGCAAAUGUCCAUGAGCUUGCAGUGAACAGUGAUGUUCUCAUUAUUUGUUGUGCGUUGACAGAAGAAACCCGCCACAUAAUUAACAAGGAUAUCAUGACAGCACUGGGGAAGGAAGGUAUCAUUAUUAAUGUUGGGCGUGGGGCUCUUAUUGAUGAGAAGGAAUUGGUGCAGUUUUUGGUUCGAGGUGACAUUGGAGGUGCAGGUCUCGAUGUGUUUGAGAAUGAACCUAACGUGCCAAAAGAGUUAUUCGCAUUGGAUAAUGUUGUUUUGUCUCCACAUAAAAGUGUUGCAACCCCAGAAUCCUUUGCAGCACUGCAAGAGGUAAUCUUAGGCAACUUAGAGGCUUUCUUUUCAAAUAAGCCUUUGCUAUCACAAUUGGACUUUGAAUGAGGGGAAUCCAUUCUUUUUAACAGAAUGGAUUCAUAUAAAGAUUCGACAUCAUAUUGGCAUCGAGUAGUUUAUAUUCUAUCAAUAAAUUCUUCACUUGUAGAUGUCAAGAUCUUGUGUAAUGUCAAAAUAUUUCUCCCACAAUGUUAAACCGAAUAAGUUUAUUCCUUUGUGCA